ACCCGACUAUGUUCUACACACCCUACCAGAGCAUUUCUUCCGAGGCGUCAUCGAUGAUCUCCAGAAGCUUAGCUAUUCUUUCCUGGAUGAGAAGAGAUGGGUUGAUGCCGGUGACUACCUCACCCAGUCUCUCAUUCUCUUUGAUUGCAUCAAGAGGGCAGGAUACCACAAGCGUGAUGACAACCAGAGGGAAGAGAACACCCUUCUCCUUCGGGCAGCUUGCGGUCUUAAGCUGGGUGCAUUUGAUGUAGCUUUCAAGGAUGCCACUAGAGUUUUGGAGAGUACUCUAGACAAUCGCCAUGCCCUAGAAAUCAGAACUUUGGCAGAGGGCGAGAUGUCGAUCAACGAAUUCCAGCGUUCUGGCAUGUCGUUUCCCCUACGAGGAAAGAUGGAAAAAGUGCGGAGGGAUAUUGAAAAAUUAUCAGAAAAACCUUUCCAAUGGGAUAAAAGUCACAUCGAUCGCCUGAGUAAAAGACUGGAGGACAUCUUGGGACCUAAGCCAGAAGUCAAACCCCAGACUGGAUCUUGGGCUAGUCGGGUUAGCAACCAGCCCAGGGCCGCUACACCAGAUGUAUCCCAAGAGACGCAUACUGUAGACAAGGGCUGGUUGCCCAAGAAUGCUAUCCCAAAACAACAGCAGCCUCAGAAACCACCUAAAGGAAAGAAGAAAGGUCGCUCUAGGAGACAGAACAGACCUAGGAAAGAUGUGGAGGUCACCUACUCAGAGCAAGAUGAUGAUGAUGAGGAGGAAGAGGAUGAAACUGAUUCAGAGAUGAAUACCAGUGGCUCUACCACUUCAUCACCAGGUGGUACUCCUGAAAGAGGCAUUGCUGGACUUGAUGACUUUGGCGUUUCUCCUCCUGCAUCAAAGUCCCAUAAGAAUCAUGAAGGUCUGUCUGAUCUGGAUGUUGACCUGGGCUAUCGGACACCUAAGUAUAAACACAAACCUCCUCAGAAAAUAGGCGAACACCCUCAGACCCCACAGCCAAAUAUGCAGCGGGCAGCUAUGAAUGGUCAGCGGCCGGCUGUGAAUGGGCAGCGGCCGGUAAUGAAUGGGCAGCGGCCGGUAAUGAAUGGGCAGCGGCCGGUAAUGAAUGGUCAGCAGCGGUCAUCCCCCAUCAAUGGAGCUGUCCCAAAGGCAUCCCCUCAGGUUCCCAAAUCUCAAAGCCUAACCACCUUUGCCACCUGCCCCCCUCCACCAACUAUAUCUGCAGAAUCACGCCAGUGGUUGGCCGGUCAUGAGUUUAGACUCGCUUGUGAAAUCUGCUUUACGCCAGUGCCUAAUCAGUUUGGGAUCUACUCUUUCAGAUUGAACAGGAAUCCCGGUCACAAGCCUGCCUGUAAAGGUGGCAUGCUGGUCUGCCUCCUUCGUGUACCUCCCAAGAAUGGACUGAGAGAAGUCUACGGUCGUAUCCGCCCUCGUGUUAAGCAAGACUUCAAGGGCAGAUAUGCCCUCUGUCAACAGUUUGCAGCAGGAAUACCAUGCAAGAUAAGUUCAGUAAGCUGUUGGUUUCCUCAUAGCAAUGAAGAGAUGGAAGUAUGGGAAGCAGACAGGAAUGGUCGCUUCAAUGGAAGGGAGAUCGUAACCUGGUUGCGUUAUGAGCUCAAUAAAGAUAUCUUUGAAAUGAAACAACAGGCCAUUGCCAAAAGCAAGGCUACCAGUCAAGCCCCACAGGCCCCAGGAGCAUAUCCAAACAAGGCCCCUACUCCUGCAGGAGCAGUCCCACCUGGGACUAAGGGCAGUGCUCCACCUCCUGGGGCGUAUCCAUCUGCCCAGAAAGGUGCACAAGCCCCGGGAGCAUACCCUCAUGCUACAUUGCUGAGCCAGAAUGGGUUCCAACAGCCACCUGCUGUAAUCCGGACAGCGCCCCCAUUGCUGCCAACUCCUUCCCCGCAGCCAUCCCAAGGACCUCCGCCACCUUUGGCCAGUAGGGUCCUUGAUCCGCAGGUGAGGGAAAAGCUCACAAUCCUCAUCAAAAACCUUGGAGGUCAGUUUCUCUACCUGUGUAGGCUUUGCUUCGAUGAUGCUCCUCAGGUCCUCAGCGUCCAGAACAGUUCAAACCCAGACAUAUGUACAGGGGAAAAGAGGCACAAAUGGAAUGGUCCUAAUCGAUGCCUUGUACACCGUCUGUGCCAGGGUGGCAGGGAUCGCUAUUGGAAGAUUCGAAAGCGCCCCAACGGAAUUCCACCCAAGGCUUUCCUCUGCUGGCAUCGUGAUAAGACUUAUGGGUGCCCUAUAGGUCCCAAGUGCAGCUUUGCCCACAACGAGAUUGAAACUUGCCUCUGGUUAUAUGAAGCUUAUCAGCCAUUGGACCGUGAGAUGCUUGUACGUGUCAGCCAUGAGUUGAUCUAUGGUCCUCCUGUUCAAGCUCGCCCAGCCCCGAGCAAACCUGCUCCCACUCACGCUUCAGCUCCAACUCCAGCUACUGCUCCAUUUAUGCAGCAACAAGCAGCUCCAACUCUACAACAGCCUCAAAGAUUAAUCUUCCAUUAUAAGAUCAAGUUGGCAUGUGGGCUCUGUUUCACCAAGACCAAGCAGGUAGUCGAGCAGAACCCUCGAAAGCGCAACCAAUGUCCCAAGGGUCAUCCAUGGGGCAAGAACCCUAUCUACUUCUUGGAGUCCAGUGGCAGAUGGCUACGGAUCCAAGGCAGGCACCCCCGUCUCCGUCCUGAAGUGGAGCCAGUUGUCUGCAGGAAGGGAGACAAGUGCCAGUACAGUGUGAUUCACAACAACCAAUGCAUGUACCCUCAUUCGCCUGAAGAGCGUUUGCUAUGGAUAUACCAGGUUAAGGCCAAAGCGAAAUCCAUAGAUGAAGUGAUUGCAAUCCAGAAGCAGGCUGCUGCAGGCAAUAAGAGCGUACCCAAUGCUGGAGGAGAUGGUGGAGCCGCUGCAGCAGCAGCAUCAGCAGGCCCAGCCAAGCCAUCUAGUUUCCCCCAACAGAUGAUGUCAAGCCACUACCUAUGUUCAUAUUGUGAUAAACCAUUCCGUACCAAGCAGAAUUACGACGAACACACAAACACCAUGGAACACAAGCGGAAUAUCAAGUCAGAUACAGAACGCUCCUGGAAGUACAGAAGCGUUCCACUCAAUGUCACUAAUGGACAGUUCAAGAUUUGUCAGAGAAAUCUUAGGAACGUCUGUGACUACUCUGGAGUGGUGCAGGAGCGCAAUGACUGUGCAGAGGCCCAUAGUCAGGAAGAACUGGAGGAGUGGAAGGAAAGACAUGAGUAUCGCAUGAUGAAGAUCGCCAAGGCCAAGGAACAGAAGCUAUACUCCUUUGUGGAUGAGCUUCUAGCAGAGUACAACCAGUCUUCCAAUGCUGAGUAUGAUGUGAUGACGGAGGAGAUUCCUGGGAUCAGUACUAUUUGUUCUAAGGACCUGAAGGCAAUACUUCCAGUCAAAGAAAGGAAGUAUGGUGAAGAGAUUGCAUUCCAAUGGGAGUUUGAAGUACAGUCAGUUAGGAAAUCUCUUAGGAGGGUUGGUCUCCUAUAUGACGAGCAUCGCCUUCACUUCCAUUUGUCACAACCCGAUGAUGAAGACCGCCCUCAAGUGUGUCCCGGUGGUCUGAUAUCUGAAGUCGGCGGAACGUCCUACAAGAUCAAGAUUGAAUUCCAUACUCAUAUCCUGGGUCUCUUCCAUCAGUGGGUUGUCUUUGACUUUGGUGAGAAGCCUGUAUUGUUGCGGAAGCUUUCCAUCCAUGUUGGAUCAUCCAAUGAGCUUGAAAAGUUUGCUAAGCAGCAGCAGACAAGGGAGAAGAUCAAACUCUGGGAUAGCGGUAACAGUCAGAUCAUCCCGUUCACCAAACCAGACAUCCAUGAGUGGGAAAGACAAUUGAUAGCUCAUUACAAACAACCUACAACCCUGUCAGGUCUGGAGGAUGAAGAGACUGAUAGACGAUUGAAUGAAGAGAACUACAAACUUCACAUGCAUCGUAUGCUGAAUCUAGAAGAACUAGCAUGCAUGGAUAGACUCAUAAGAUAUAGUACUUCUUCUGAGAUGUCCGUGUCGAACCAAGCUGACAUGGGUUACCCCUACGGGACUCUUUUCGCUUCUAAUGGGGAACUCUUUGGUACCAUCAAGAUUGAGGUACCGUUGUAUGACGACUCCGAGACAUCACAGAUCGUUAGGGAGAGUGUUUCCCAGGUCCUUCUCAAAUUCAAUCAAGAAUCUGAUGUGGUCUAUGAAGCAGUCAUCAUCAAGAACGCCAUGCCCAAGGACCAAUCAGACGACUAUGUCUGUGUCAAGUUGAGUGCCCAGUGUGUCCAGGAGCAGAACCUGACAUCCUUUGUGACCUUCAGCGGAGACAAAGCAGCAUCUCAGAAGGUAGUCCCAGUGAUCAUCCAGUUCCAGCUUGAUCGUAUCAACUUUGUCUACCAGCACCAUGCCGUGGAUAACCUCAACUGCAUGACCGUCCUCUUCCCGCCUUAUCCUCAACAGGACAAGUUUGAGUAUGUCAGCUGGAGGGAAGUCGAGAGUCGAGAUGAGAAGAUGAAUCCAAGGCAGGAGAAAGCGGCUCGCUUCAUCUGCUCUGCUGGUGGUCUCCGUGGCAACAGCCACUUCCGAGGCAAAGGUCCUGUUAUAAUAUUUGGUCCGUUCGGCACCGGCAAGACCUACACGAUGGCCAACUCUGUAAAGCGGACUAUGCUCGUCAGGAAUGACUCGCGCAUCUUGAUCUGCACUAGAUCCAAUAGUGCUGCUGACCUGUACAUCACUGAGCACUUAGACGAGUUCUGUAGCGAACAUCCUGGGACAGUCUACAUGGUGCGGAUGUAUUCAGUGACUCGCCAGACUGGAACCAUCCAUGAGAAAGUCAUGAAGUAUGUGCUGAAAGACGACCAGGGAAACCUGAGACAUCCAUAUGACCAGGAGCUGAGUGACUGGGCCACUUAUGCCAAGACACAGACGGAAAGCAACCGUCGGACACCCAACAUUGUCAUCGCAACCUUGAACACAGCCAUUCACCUGACCCGUAAUCUUGACCUGAAGGAGUACUUCACCCACAUCAUCAUCGAUGAAGCUGGUCAGGUCAGAGAGACGCAAGCCAUCAUUCCCCUUCAGCUGGCAACAAAUGAUACGUGUGUCGUACUGGCCGGUGAUCACAAACAAAUAAGCCCAAAGGUAUACUCUCCCCGUGCCCGCAGUGCCAAAUUCAACGAAUCUUUGAUCCAGCGACUCUUCACGUACAGUCGCGACCACAAGUGCUUCUUUCACCUCCUCCUGACCUACAACUACAGGUCCUGUAAGGAAAUCCUUGACUUCCUGGCCUCCUACUACCGUGCUCGCCUAGAAGCCCGGGGUACCCACCCAAGACAUCCUCUCUUCUAUCCUCUGAACUUCUAUGUGGUGAAGGGAGAAGACAAGCUGAUGGGAACAUCCUAUGUGAAUUUACAGGAGAUGCUAGAAGUGGCCUUCAGAGUGGACGAUCUGGUUCAGAACUGGCCCCCUGCCUGGGGUCCAGUCGAUGAUGAGAGCAUAGCUGUUCUGACCCCAUACACCCUCCAGGUGCACAUCAUACGCAAGGAGCUUAGGCGCAGAGGCUUGGGACAAAUCACUGUUGACACUGUACAGAAUGUGCAAGGAAAGCAGUUCAGGGCUGUGGUGAUUAGUACAGUUCGUACCAGAGAGACGGUCAACAAGGCUCAUAUCACUGCUAUUCCACAAGCGUCAGGAAACCAUCAAGAAAACGAGUUCUACUAUGCCUUCCUGUCUGACGAGCGCCUCCUCAACACGGCAUUCACCCGUGCCAAGUCGUUGAUCCUAGUGGUAGGGGACCCAGUGGCUCUCUGCUCAGUCGGGGCCUGCAACAUGACAUGGGUACGCUACAUGCAGGAAUGCCAGAAGAACAACAGCAUAAUGCCACCAGAUAUGACCAUGGAUAUGAUUCAGGAGGAGAUAGCAGCUGCAAAGCAGAGGCUGAAUCCCACUGCUGCACCAUUUCAACCACGGAAGGGAAUAUCUUCCUCGACAACAUCCACGGCUUCUCCAAAGACACAUCAGUCGGCUUCCGCUUCUAACCAUGUAGGUGGUUCUCCAUCCCGAUGGACUGAUGGGAAUAGCAUAUGGAGUAGGUCCACUAGGAAUACCCGCAGUAGUUUCCCAGCAGGAGCAACUGCAGGAUAUCAGCGACUAAACAGUGACGAAUAUCCAGAACUACCCGAACUGAAUCAUGUCCAAAAUCAUGCUCAGAAUACCUUGCAUGAAUCAGAUGAGGAAGAUGAGUUUGAAGAUACAAAUGAGUUUGAGGACAUAAAUAUCCAGGAUGAUGACCUCCUGGAAGAGCUCCGUCUACAAGUGAAAGUGGACUAUCAAGAGGAGAUGAAGAAAAGUGGUGAAACCAUUGAAAGUCCAGAAUCUGGUGAGGGUACAGAGUCUGAACCCGAAACAUCACCAGAACCUGAAGAAACACCUCCACCUCAGAUACUGCAGCGAGGUAAACCUGUUCCAGCACCCUUAGAAAGAGGUGCCACCCAAAGGGAAGCAGACAGUAAAUCUAAACCACAGAGAGAAACUGUAAAACAAGCCACUCAGACACUACCCACCCAGCAGCCUCAAACUUUGUCAACAGGUCAGCCAUCCAAGCCAGAUGUCGAUAUUUCAAUCCCAACUGACGGAAAUAUUCCCAGCUUCCGUAUGGUGGAAAGGGCUGGACGAAUUGCUUUGCUGCCAAGACACAUGCCGCAGAGGGCCCUAAGUCAAGUAGAAGAUUAUGAUUCAGAUGAAGAUGAAGCACACGGAGUGGCAGAUGAAAAAACUGAAGAUGACUUCCUGGAGAAGACCGUUACGGAACCUGAAAAGUUCAAGGUCUGCACCUUCAGAUAUGAUUUAAAGGGCAGGACAGAAGCCAUACCUCAUGAACGUGAAGCUUCAGAGGUCAUAUCAAUCACCAGCAAGAAACGAAGAGGGCAAGCAUUAGAUAAUGAUGAGGUUGUGGUUGAAAUAGUAGAGAACACAGAGGGCACAGAAGAAUUGGAAGGAGUCGAUUUGCUUGUGAAGGAGGAAGAAGAAAAUCGAAUCUAUGGGAAAGUUGUUCACAUCCUGAAAAGAGAUUCUGAUCCCUAUCUACGCAAACUUGUUUGUACCCUAGACCCCUUCAGCAACAACCUGAUGGUGCCAGUAGACCGUACAUUCCCAAAGCUCUUCAUAACGAAGACAGAAGACAAAGCUGAAGAGUCAAGAGACAAGAAUCUGACAAAGGUCACAAUACACACCAUCUCUCGUGCUGCUGCUCAGACACAAGGCCGCUUUACACCAGACAGAGAUGUGUACGUCAAUAACAAAGAACGCCCUCAUAAGCUCUUUGUUGUUCGUUUCUGGAAGUGGUAUGCAAAGACACCAUACCCACUAGGAGUGGUCAUUGAAGAACUUGAACCAGGGAUGAAUCCGAGGGAGGGACUUCACAUCCUGAAGCUGAUUCACAAUGUGAAAGACAAGUUCAAGGACUCGGUUAACGCUUACCUGAGAGAAAACUUUCCUGUAGGAUGGACCAUCCCAAAGGCAGACCUGGAGAAAAGAGUAGAUCUCACAAAAAUGAAGAUCUUUACCAUUGACCCUCCUGAUUCGGAAGAUCUGGAUGAUGCAGUUAGCUUGGAACCCAUCAGUGGAAAUUGUUACAGUGUUGGGAUCCACAUAGCUGAUGUAUCAUACUUUGUUCCCAAAGGAAGCGACCUUGAUGAAGAAGCAAGGAUUCGAUCAACAUCCUUCUAUCCAUCCUUCCAUGAAAAACCCAUCCACAUGCUUCCUAAGAAGAUAAGCACUGACUUGUGCAGUCUCCAUCCUAAUAAGGACAGGCUGGCCUUGUCCUUGAUAGUAGUACUCAACUCUGAUGGAGUACUUGUUGAGCCACCAAAUGUGUUCCGUACAAUCAUUCGUUCUUGCCAUAAGCUCACCUAUCAUCAGGCAGAAGAGAUCAUCCAUGGAGACUGCCCUGAUGAAUUACAGGAUGUUGCUGAACCCAUUCGCUGCUUACACAAUCUGGCAAGCAGGAAACGGGCUCACCGCCUGGGAGAUAAGAAGUAUGUGUUCAAUGCAGAGGAUGAUGAUGGAGAGGUGCAGGAUCCACUAGCUCACAGCUUGAUUGAAGAGAUGAUGGUUCUUGCGAAUGAAAUUGUUGCAGAUCAUCUUCUGCUCAAGUAUGCAGACUGUACGCCCCUACGAAGGCAGUUAGCACCAGCACAAGAUAAAGUGGAGGAAUGGAGGAAGACACACAAGGAUGGUGUCCGCAAUAGUAUUCUGCUGACUGCCACUGUGAAUCAGGAUCAGGAAGAAGAUGUUGACUAUGAUGAUGAUGAUGAUGAUGAAGCCGUACUUCCGUUGACCAAACCAGUAUGGGAGGAAAUUAUUCAGGCCUCCAAUGAGAACACUCAGAAAUCAAUGGAUAAGGUCAUCAACAUGAUUUGCAUGGAUCCAAACCAUCCUCUUCAAGCUGUAGCUUUGUCUCAGUUUCAUCGGAUUAUGGAGCGCUCAGAGUAUGUGAAUUCGGGAGACCAGCAAGGUCCUGAACAGAAGGCCCACUUCUCAUUGAAACUAAAAGCUUAUGUUCACUUCACAUCACCGAUUCGCAGGUUCAUUGAUCUUGUGGUACACCGGAUGCUGAUUGCUAGCUUGGAAAAUCUGCCAUGUCCCUAUGAAGCACGAGAGCUUGCCAACAUUACUCAUAAUUGCUCAAGCAGAGCUAUGCAUGCCCAGCGCUUCUCAAAGGAAAGCAAGUCUCUUCAGCUGGCUCUGAAGUUAAAGGAAGCACCACUGCAGCUACUGACGUUUGUUGAGACACUAUCAGAUUCUGGGUUGAAGCUUCUCUUUCCACAUAGGCCCUACAUUCUACCAACACAAUGCAAACUGGGCUUCAACAUCCUCAAACCAUCAAAGAGACCAGAGACCACUGCAGCAUCUGAAUCUGUUGACCUAGCAUGGAAGACUCGAAUCUAUGACGUAAAACUUGAAGGACAUCAGAGGCAUGGACACAGAAAGGAUCCCAUAGAACUGGAUAAUAGACGCCACAUUGUGCAUAUUCCAGAGGACAACUGGGAAGACAUCCGUAACAGUGCAAAGACAGGAGAUCAUGACUCCAUCAGAAGAGCCAUUGGGUCAGCCAUCAAUUCUGGGGGGCAAGAGCUUCGUCAGUGCAUGGAUCAAAUGAGGAGAUUUAAUGAGCAGUCCUCGAUUGAAGUGACUUGUGAGUAUGUGGACAUGACGGGAAAGCAGCAAUAUUUUAUUGACUUCUGCCGUUCCUUCAGGAAAGGCGACGUGAACCAAGUCCAGCUUCAUGCUCGUCUCUUCAAAGGUGUCUUGACUCCACAUGUCCAGCUCUUCAACAUGACGCCUCACCUGGACGUGUGUGCAGAGCACCGUGAUCAGCCUGUCCAUUGCUUUUCAGACGUUGCCACCAGGAUUCCAGGAAGGGAGAAAUCCAUUGCUGAAUACAAGAAGUCCUGGCUUCCCAUCUUGUCAAUGAUUAGUGCUUACAGUGCUGUUAACUCUGAUGACACUGUCACCAUCCACAAUGUGGUGAUUACCUGGAAUAAAUUAGAAGGCAACAGGUAUCAGGGCUACUUCAAUCUUCCCCUACCAUUUCUAGAGCAACGCUUUGUUCGUAUCGCCGGGAAACCACCAAAGAAGGAAAAGGGUAAUGAAGAUGAGGAGGACUACCCACUAGAUUUCAUCUGUGUCCGUUACAAGGAUCUGCGCAUCUCAACUCGAAAGCACCUUAAGAUGCGUGAACUGGACAGAAGUUCCAAGAACCAAGAGACAAUAGGACCUUACAAUCGUCGAGCAUGGACUGAGCAGACCUUCGUAGCGCAUGGGUACUCCACAGAUGUCCAGACUGACAAGACUGCCCAGCUUCGGACCAUCACCUUCCAGCUCCACACCACGUCCAUACCCUUUCCAGAGGAUAAACUACUCUAUCAACAUGAAGGAAAGCAGAUAACAUGCACCAUUGAAAUCAUCCCCAAGUCUCCUCCUGAUCAGCGGGUUGAAAAUUCAAUGAGGAAGCUUGAAGACACGACGCCUCUGAUCCGCAACAUUUGUCUACGCAAACCUUGCAAGGCUGAUGAUGGAGUCUUUAAUUCAGAUGAAAUCACGAAGACUGCGCUGAAGGAAGGUGGAAAGGUGAAGGAUCUGCAUGUCCAGGAGACUCGCCUAAACCCUCUAAACAAGCCUCAGACAGAAGCUGUCAAGAUGGCUCUCAAGAGCACUUUCUCUAUCAUCCAAGGUCCACCAGGAACUGGAAAGACUGUGACAGGUGCCUAUCUGGCUUACUUCUUUACCCAAGUCAAUGAAAAGGUUCCAGCGAUGGGGAAAGGUAGACCACAGAUACUGUACUGCGGACCUUCCAACAAGGCUGUGGAUGUCAUUUCCAUGUACUUGAAGAAAUUCAACAUCUCCAUUGUCCGGGUCUACAGCGAGUCAAUGAUAGACAAAGUCUACCCCAUCCCUGGCAUGCCUAGUUCUCAAUUCAAGUGGCAACGCAACCAAGCUCGCAUCGAUGAUCGACUGGAUGAUGUCUCCCUCCACAAGUUGAUCCGCAAGCCGGGAGCCCCGUACGCAGAGGAGAUCCGAGCAACAGAGGCCAACUUCAGGCGCAUCUCAUCGACGACUGUAAAAGAGGCUCGAGCUUACAGACAACUCAUUGAUAUGGCUGAGGCUGAGGAACUGAGGAAGCAUUCGGUAGUCCUGUGCACAUGCAACGUAGCUGGAACAAAACGCAUCAUAAAGCACACCAACAUUAUUCAGUGUAUAGUGGACGAGGCUGGUAUGUGCAAUGAGCCUGAGACACUGGUACCGCUAACCAGCACCCUCCCUCAUCAAGUGGUGCUUAUCGGAGAUCACAAACAACUCAGGCCAAUCAUCACAGAACCCAAUGCACGAGAUCUUGGCAUGGAGGAGUCCCUCCUAGCAAAGUACAAACGCAAAGCUCGUAUGCUCACUAUCCAGUAUCGUAUGCAUGACUGGAUCUGUUCCUUUCCAUCGGACACUUUCUAUGAGAGCAAACUGGAAACAGACUUGUCGGUCAAAAGCCGCAGCCCUGACCCUGUGAGAGCGAUCUGGCCAAACAGAGGUCAAACCCCGACAGUCUUCUGUCAUGUGUACGGCAAGGAGGAAACCCUAACGGUCAAGUCUGAUGAAGGAAAUGAGAUGUCCAAAGGCAACAUGGCAGAGGUCAUGCACGCUACAAGGAUAGUUAAUCAGCUGAUGAGGAAGGGAGCUCAAGCGAGUAACAUAGUGGUUCUCUCCCAGUACAAGCUCCAAUGCACACAGAUCGAGGAGAGGUUAAAGGUCAUGGAUCACAAUGGGGUCAAGGUCAGCACAGUCGUCACCAGUCAAGGAAGUGAAUGGGACUAUGUAGUCCUGUCUACGGUUCGCUCCAUGCCUCAGAUCGAGAUUGAUGACAAACCAAGCAGGGGAUGGCAACGUAAACAUCUCGGUUUUAUCAUGGAUGAGAAUCAGAUGAAUGUUGCGCUGACUCGAGCCAAGCGAGGGCUCAUCAUUAUCGGCAAUCAGCAUCUCUUAGAAACUCACCCAAGAUGGAGAGAUCUUCUGAAGAAAUAUCGCGAUCAGGAUUGUGUAAUGGAGGCCAGACGGUUCCCACCUUUUGGCUAUUAAUGUAAUACCAGAAGAGGAGGAAAAACAGUGUUUUCACAGCCAUGGAAAAUCCUGGAAAAGCCAUGGAAUUGCAUUUAUCUCUUGGCUAUGGCAGCUUUCCAGUUUGUCAUGUCUCGCAACUCUCAUACUCUAUGAUCAUACUCUGCUAUUACAUGCAUGUAUAAUUGGUGUUCAUAAUUUCCAUUUUUCCCAGUUUUGUGACAUCCCAAAUUCUACAUAACUCCCACGACGUCACAGGAAGUCAUGGAAAGCAGCAAUUUAAUAGGCAUGGAAAAGUUAUGGAAUUCUGUUUUCAAAUUUCUGUGGAAACCCUGAAAAAGCCCUGUGGUACAUUUUGUAUAGUCCCUUCAAAACUGUUGAUUAGACCUCGGAAAGUGAUGGGUCCUUGGUUGUCUAACAAUGGCCAGAAGCUGUUAACCUGUUUCUUGAGGACCAGGACUAAUAAUUUGGUACAUUCUCCUUGUAACCAUUGAUUAGAUUGGUACUUUCUCCAGGCUUAUGACUGUUCUGGAGGAUGGCCAUAUUAUAGGGUGUAAUUAGACCCAUCUGUUAUCUAAGACCAGGCCUAAAUUGCAAUAUAUUGGUCAUUUCAUAGCUAUUGAUUAGGCCUAGAUAUGGGGUUAGAAGUGUUCUGGAGAAUAGUCUUGUUGGUACAAGUUAGACUCAGUUCUUUGCAAGAACCAGACCUGAUUACAAUCCAUUACUAAUUUCAAAGCGCUUAGAACUGUUCUGGUGAAUGGUUAGUUCCCACGUUUGAGAUUAGUCCAGCCUGUUUUUUCUUCAGGACCAGGUCUGAUUAGUUGCAACUGUAUCCGGUCUUUUUUAUUGGGAUAUUAUCCUGCUGAUAAGCUGUAAUAUUUUUAGCAAGCUUAUGCCUAAUACUUGUUUUGCAAUAAUAGUUUCAGUCACUAAUUAGUUUUUAAGUUUGAUAAUGUACUAUUGUAAUUGCUUCAACAAAACAAUUAAACAUGAGCAGGUAAGCAACUCAAAAUGAUGAAAUCUUAAUUUUGUAAGUACUAUGUUAUUCAUCUGUCGUUGUGACAAUGUAUAAAGAACUUGGAUUCUUGUAAGAUACUAGUACAUGUAGAUAAUUUUACUGUCAUUCAAGAGACAUGUCUCACGUUUUAGAUGUUUUAGACUGAAGUUCAAGACAUUGAAUCCAACCAAAAUACUCAAACAACACAACUCUUGCCAGUUCCAGCUUCACUGUUGAGUUUGGAAAAGUACAAUGGCUUUACAAAUAAGACUCCACACAAAGGUAAAAUAUCUUUCCUAUUUGUAAGAGGAAAAAGUUAUUAGCCCAAUUACUUGAUGACUGUUACCCUCACAAGACUAAGUUAACACCCUCAAUGGUCUUGUGCAAUUUUAUUUUCCAAAGAGAUUUUGCCAUACCACAUUAUAAGCUGCAAUAACAUCACAUUAUAGAAAAGUUUAGUACAUGUAUAUCCUGUUUCUAAAGAAGAUUGAUUUAUUAAGUUGAAUAAUUCUUUAGGAGUUAAGAAUUAUCAUGGAAGACAAAGAGAAGGAUGAUGAUCACAAAUUAUAAUCGAGGAAUAGAGGCACAUAUUUCAUCGGAUUUUUUUUUUACAGAUAUUCAGGGAUGGAUUCAAGAUUGCAUUAAUGGAGGGGCACAGAAAAUGGGUUGAUCUCUUCCACAUUUUCUUUACAUCAAAUCGUAAAGGAAACACUUCUCUCCCCCCAAAAUGUGAUGAUCGUAAACAAAAACAAAAUAAAUGGUAACUAUGUUCUCUUUCAAAAUCAGGAGUGAAAUUCAUUUUAAAAGUAGGGGAUUUUCCAUUAAAUAGAGAAGACCCACAAUGUACAAUUUGGCCUUAUUAGGGGGAAUGUGCCCUUUCCCAUGUGAUCUGUUCCUGAUUUUAUGGUAGAAGGCAUUGGCGAUACACAGAAUAUUUUGCAACAAAUAAUGCUUUCAUAAGUGUGUGUAGAUCAAAAGUCUUUGUGUGUUAAGAUUGUUAUAUCAUUUUGUUUAAUGCAUGUUAACCAGCUUCCAUAGGCUGGCUGAUUUGGAUUAUGUUUACAGAAUUAAGUAUUUAUUUUUGAGUACCAGUUUAUGAUGGGCUUUGUAACACUUUUAUAAGUAAUUCAAUUUACUCAGUAUGCUUUUAUUUUUUGUAUUUUGCUCUCUCCUGAAAUCAUGAUCAUUCCACAUUUAAAUAAAUCAAUUUGCCGUGAAAACUGAAAUUGGGAUUACUUUGAGGUAUAAAAAUCAACUAUAAUGUCAUCCUAUUCCUUCACAGAACAGAAUAUGCACCUUGAGAUUUCAGUUCAUUACAAAAUUUUGAUUAAUCUGUGUAAUUAUAGGGAUGUGUUGUACAAUCCGUUGUUAAGAGCUGUUUGUAAAACAAAUAGCAUAACCAAUCUCUCGAAUUGUUACCCAUGCCAAACUAUCAAAAGGGAGAAACGUCUAUCAUAAAAUCUAGAUUUACAAGGUAUGAAUUUUUUUUUGUCUAGUAUAGUAUUUUGUACUUUUUUGUUAUGUUUGGUCAGGGGUACAAUUAAGAAGUUGUUUUUAUUUAAGUAGAAUUAUGUUGCAUAUUUUCUAAAUGUAUUGUAAUGUUCAAACCUUGGAUAAAUGCAGCUGUUGAUUAAUUAUGAAUAAUGUAAGUUGUAUGAUAUUACUUGUAGAUGGAGAAACCAAUACAAAAGCACCUAUUGGACUGAUUUCCACAAGUAGUCAGGCAUCGGCAUAAAGUACUGAAAUUAAACUUUAAGAAGUUUAGCCUAGGCCUAUAGUGAUGGCGGUAUGUCAGUGAAACGGGCCAAUCAUAUUAAAUAAAAAUGACGCUCCUUUUUCUAAAACUUUGCUGGAAGAGAUCCUUGGUUUUUUACCCUUACAAAAUGAACUCACCCAUCUUUCUCCUUUUUAAAUGUCAUAUAGAGUUAUUUAUUUAGAAAGAUACAGAGGCCUUGUGAAAAAAAGAAAGAUAUUGCUUUGUUAAAGUAAUGCAGCUGAUUGAAGUGCGAUUAAUAUUCUUGUUGUAGAAAAUGAUUUCUUUUUGUAAUGUUUAUAGUAGAAUUUAGUCUCAUACAUGUAUUUAUUUAUUUUUCUAGAUUAAGCUAUGUAAGUCCCCUGGAUUUUGUACUGUUUAGUUAUGUAUAUAUAUUCAUAUUUCACAGCUUCAUAAUUUGCAUAUUCCUGCAUUCAUUGCCACAUCAAAUGUACUUCGGUAUCAUAAGUGUCUGUUUCUCCGUUAACUUUUCCUUGCAAACACGAUAACUUCAGUUAGUCAAACCUACUGUAGGCUCAUAUAAUUUGGUGUUUAUGAUAUUAGCAUGAAUGCUAGGAAGCCUAUUGAUUUUGAGGUCAGACAUGUUUUCAUCUUACCGUUCUGAAGUCCUUGUACAUGUAAAUGCGAUGAUACUAGGAAUUCCAUUGAUUAGGUCAAAGGUGAAGUCGCCAACUUUCACUUCUCGCUUCCAUUACUCCAUUUUCUAUGUUACAGAUGGGCGUAUUAUGUGCUUGUGUUAGCGACACUUGUUUAGAGAAUAGCCAGGUUAGUGGGCGAAUAUUUUCAGCUCCCUGAGCCCUUUUCAUAAAGUUCAAAAUAUAAUACGAUAUAAUCAGAAAGGAACUCCCGGCAAACUGAGAUAAGUAAUAUUGGAUUUACACUGUAUUUUUUGUUGCGUUGAAGAAUAGGAACACAUUUUAUUCAACAAGAUUUGUAGAAGAUGUUUUAGUUAAUAAAUGUUCUUUUUACGUAACCGAGUUCACAGAUAUUAUUUCAAAGUAGUGAUGCUGCAUGGGAUCAGUACACUUGAAAAACCAUAUCAUUCACUUUUUCAUUAGAUCAACAGCUUUAUUGUUAUAUCAUUAUAAAUAAUAGAUUUAAUUCUGUUUUUAAUUGAGAUUAUUCAAGACAACAUCAAU